CACCAACGCGGGGUCCUUGAACAGCUGAGAGCGGCCAAGGCUGGCGGCGUUGGUCGUGGGCCCGCUUCACUGACGAGUCGCAUCGGCCCUCGGGCGCGCUGUUAAGGAAGGAGGCUCCCGGGGUUGAACCCCAAGUGGCGACAGGAGAGAGGCAGCGUGUGUGUGUGUGAGAGAGAGAGCACGCGGCUCAAAGUGGCUAAAGCACAAUCGGACACACGAGUCACUUCCAGUGCAGUUUGUCGUGCAGCCGAGGCGAGUAGGCCGCAAAGCGCCAGUCGACUGUAACGCCAGCUACUACGGGGGUUGAGUUGUGUGUGCAGCGGCGGAUCGAGACUGCUGUCGGUGCUCCUGGAAUUGUUAUCGGCUGCAGGGAUGGAUGCGGAUUUUGAAAGACUCCGCCCUCAAACUGUGGAGCUGGCCAAAGCUGUGAGUGCCGGAAACAAGGUGGAGGCCAUGACAAUUGCAGCUCUCCUGGCACACUCCAAUACCCCGCUGGAGAUCCGCCCACAAGAAAGCAUCUACCCGGCACAGGAGAUCAGGAUUCAGGUCCGCUUUGAAGAUGCCCAGAACACAGUGGGGCCCAUCGCUCUGACCGUUCAUUCACAUUGGACAGUGGCACACCUGAAGAGUGAGGUUUUCCAGAAGUACGGCUUCCACCCAUUGCUGCAGCGGUGGGUGUUUGGGGGCCGACUGGCCAAGGACUGUCAUUCGCUUCACUUCUACGGCGUCAGGACAGAUGGAGACCACGCCUUCCUCUACCUCCUGAAGGUGCCAUCUUCCAGCGGCGAUGUCGCAGAGAGACACAACGCAGGAGAACCGUUGGGUGGCGGUGAAAGGCCAAGAGCCAACAGGAUGAGUCUACAGGACAUCCUUCACGUGAUAACCGACCAGCUGGGCUCAAUGGACCCGGCUCCUCUCCUAUCCAAUCCCCCAGCAAUAGCCGCCGACGCGACGGCCGAGUGGUCGUGUUCGGCCUGCACGCUGCUCAACCAGCCCAGAGCCGCCCGCUGCUGUGUGUGUGACACCCCUCGACAGCCCGAUGCUCCCGAGCAGGGGAGACGAGGCAACUCCGUGGAGAACUUCAUCCGACAGAUGUCCUCGCCAACUUCAGACCUGCAGUCCGAUUUACUGAAGGCUCUAUAUAAGUUUUAGCAGCUUUUCCCAGAGCCAAGUCAGAAUAUUUUUGACGAUGCGAUCAUAAAGAAGUUUGCCGUUUGAACCACUAAUGAUAUGCUUGCACUGUAUUGCUGUACUGCUUUUAAUGGUACGUCCUUACAAAAUUGUUCACGACUUUUUUUUUUUAAGCAGCCAGCUGGUUAGUAGACCGAUCAGCCCUAGAUCCGAGAUGAUUAUCACGUCGAUUAAUCGACUCAACGUUGUGU